CCAGCCGGCCUCGCCUACCGCUGGUUUUCUAGACGGGCGCCGGGUCCCUCCCGCGAACCCGGCGGGAAGCGACGAGGACGGGCGCUGCGGCGUGUCCCGGCGGGGAGCGUGUCCCGCCCGCCGCGCCCCCCGCGGCUUGGCCCACGCUGCGCGAUCCGCGUGAAACCCGGCUAAUCGCGCUCAUCGUUCACUUCUGCCCCCGCCCUGCGGCUGAGGACCGGCCACUGCAGUUUUGCAUUUGAAGGCCUCAUCAGGCUUCUUAUUUCUAUAUCAUAUUUUUUUAUAAGUCCUCGGCGGCCAUCGAGGCUGGUCAAAGCCCGACCGCAGCUUCGCGGCGGCACGGGGCCCUCCGCCGAAGGGGCGGCGGGGCCGCCCGGGGCCGUGCCCAGCCGACGCCCCCAGCCCUGCUCCCGGCGGCCCGGGGCUGUUCGCUGCUGCUUUCGGCCGAUUGAGGCGGCGCUCGGCGGGAGCGGGAGACGCGCGGAUAAACGAACGCGCCGUGUUUGAUCUUUUCUCCCUCUCACCCACCUGCAAUCGUUUCGGCCGCUCACACAUAUCGCCCGAGGGGAUAUUCCCUGGGUUCCGACAAGGCAAAAUGGUGCUAAAAAAAAAAAAUCUCGCCUACCCCGCCGCCCGACUCUGGCCUCUGGACGGAGGGCGUCGGGCUCGGCGCGCUUCCCCAGGCAAGCGCACGCCGAGAGAAAGGUGCGCUUUCCCCCCACCGUGCUCGGGAGAGUCAAAACCCCCAACCCCGGAGACCCCGUCCCCGCAACGCACACAUCCGCCAGCCUUCCCCGCCGAGAGCUCGGCCGAGGUGUGAAAAAUCCCCCGUUGAGGGUAGGAAACCUGCCAAUGACCUGCGGGACGACUGGAGGUAGCACGGCAAACAGCCCGGGGAAAUAAAACAAAUAACGCCUUAAAUUCCUUCCAGGUUUAAAGAGAGAGGGGAGAGGGGGGAAAUAAAGCGGGAGAAGCAGGGAGGGGGCUCUCGGCAGGCUCUGCGGAUGUCCUGGGAGGAUUCACUUUGUCUGCGGAUAGAAGGGACCCUGGUGGCUUUGGUGGCGGAUGGAGGGGGGUGGUUGUUGGUCAUCCACAUGCCACCCAAGAUGUUAUUCACUGCUAACAAUUACCAUUAUCUGUCCCCACUUUUGGCUAAUCAGACAGAAUAUGUAAUGAUGAAGCCUGUUUCCUGCUGUCUUUGGGAGGUAACGGGUUAUUCUCUCAUGGGGGUGGCGGGAGGGGGGGUUACACCUACUCCCAUUAGGGCUUUAGCACUUGACUAAUUCAGGUACUUAGCAUCCUAUAGACAGGGACGGUUUGAAAGCAGACAGUGUUUGCAGUGGGGAGGACUGUUUAUAUAAACAGGACACCUCUGUAAACGACACUAAUAUUUGGGGUUAGGUGGCGAUGGAAGGGAAGGUCCUCUUGAGCCAGGAGAUCCCCCAGUAGCUGGGCGCAGUCCUCUCCUCGCAGCUUUUAAGGGAGGGGGAUCGAGAUUUGGGAUUUUCUUUUUUUUUUUUUUUUUGGAAGGGGGGGUGGGGGGGUGGUGUGCACAACCUACCAUGGCCACAUCUGGCAGGAUCAGUUUUACGGUGAGGAGCAUUUUGGAUUUACCAGAGCAGGAUGCUAAUAGCAUAAAGCAAGCCUCUGACCAUCACCACUCAGCGGAGAACUACACCGGCUCGCCGUACCGAGGGUGGAUAGAAACAGACAGAAAUCACUAUCCCUCUUCCGACGAGAGCGGCCCGGAGCUGAGCUUGCCCGACUCCACCCAAAGGUCGCUCCCCGCCCGCGGCUCGGAGGCCGAGGAGAAGAAGAAGAAGCGGCGGGUGCUCUUCUCCAAGGCGCAGACGCUGGAGCUGGAGCGGCGGUUCCGGCAGCAGCGCUACCUCUCGGCGCCGGAGCGGGAGCAGCUGGCCCGGCUGCUCAGCCUCACCCCCACCCAGGUGAAGAUCUGGUUCCAAAACCACCGCUACAAGAUGAAGCGGGCGCGGAGCGAGGGUCCCGGCAGCCCCCCGCCGCGCCCGCCCGCCCUGCUGCGCCGGGUGGUGGUGCCGGUGCUGGUGCGGGACGGGGAGCCCUGCCGCGGCUGCCCCGCCAGCCCCCCGCCGCCCGCCGCCCGCCCCAAGCUGGGCUGCGCGCUGGCGGGCUGCAGCGCCCAGGCUGCCCUGGCCCUGCCGGGCUACCGAGCCUGCCCGCCGGCCUCCCCCGCCGCCCUCGGCGUCUUCCCCGCUUACCAGCACUUAGCGCACCCCGCCGUCGUCUCCUGGGGCUGGUGACAGCGGCGCCUCGCCCUCCAG